GUCACAUCCCAACAAGUUCCACUUUACUCUUAACUAUGGUUCACUCUCCACUUACUAGAAGUUCUUAUAAGUUAUUUCUGCCCUGCGAGUUGUACCACCAUUUCUUUGAAGUUCUGUAACAUGCCUGGAAGCCCAGUUGGCUUCUGACCCUAAUGUGGCCAAUGACAUUUGCAGAACUGCCCACAUUCUGCACUCUCGGAAUGUACUGUAAAGUAGCGGCUGUUGGAUUAAGACCAAAUUGCAUAUGUUUCUUUUAUGUUUUCCAUCGCUGCUCAAGUAAUGCUUACCAACUUACCAAGGAGCCCACCAGCCAAGUAGAGAAGACCACACACCAAGCCACAUUUCCUCAGUAAGACUAACUUCUAAGAGGUUGCCUUAGGGCAGAGUUAACCCAGUAAGCCCCUGGGUGUUCAAACUCACUUUCCGUGGUGUUCACACCCAAAAGCUCUGGAUAAUGAUGAAAGCAAACCUGAGCUGAGGGGUGGGGUUUGAACUCUUGGGUCUCACCAGAGACCCCCAGCUCCAGAGGCUGCUCUUUGCACUGUUCCUGGGCAUGUACACCGUCACUGUGUUGGGGAACCUGCUCAUGUUCCUCCUGAUCCGUGAGAGCGCUGCCCUGCACACACCCACGUAUUCCCUCCUGAAGAGCCUCUCUUUCUUGGAUAUCUGCUACUCCUCCACAGUGGUCCCCCAGACUCUGGUGAAUUUCUUGCUCCGCCCCAAACCAACACACUUGGUCAAGAGAAAGGUGAUCUCCUCUCUCGGCUAUGUGGCCCAGAUGUUCUUCUACGCAGGCUUCACCACCAGCGAGUGCUAUCUCAUCGCUGCCAUGGCCUACGACCGCUACGCUGCCGUCUGUCACCUGCUGCUCUACUCCGCCAUCAUGUCUCCUGGGGUCUGCGGCUGUCUGACUGUGGGCUCCUAUAGUGCAGGCUUUCUCAAUUCUCUCAUCCACACGAGCUGCAUAUUCAGUCUGAAAUUCUGUGGUGCUCUUGUGAUCACUCACUUUUUCAGGCCACCCGUCUUAUCCCUGUCCUGCGUAGACACUUCACUCUGCGAGAUCCUGCUCUUCGUUUUUGUUUGUUUUAACCUUUUGAGCUGUACCCUCACCAUCCUGGUCUCCUACUUAAUCCUCAUCACCAUCCUCAGAAUGAAAUCAGCCCAGGUCAGGUUCAAGGCAUUUUCCACCUGUGCUUCCCACCUCACUGCCGUCUGCCUCUUCUUCGGCACAACUUUUUUCAUGUACCUGCGCCCCAGGUCCAGCUAUGCCCUCACCCAGGACCGCACAGUUGCUGUGAUCUACACAAUGGUGAUCCCAGUGCUGAACCCCUUAAUCUACUCAUUGAGAAACAGGGAUGUGAAGGAUGCCCUAAGAAAGGCUUUGGGCAGAAAAAGGGUGGAGUGA